GUAAGUUUUUUUUUUUUUUUUUUUUUUGUAUUUUGUUGGUGAUAGGUGUUUGAUUUUGCUCUCAAAGUUUACUUUAAGGCAAUUUCAAGAACAAGAAUCCCUUUUUUAAGGUAAGGGAGUUAAAGGGUAUUUGAUGUUCUUGUUUUUUAGAUGGAUUUUGGUUGUUAAGGUGUUUAAUUUUGCUCAAAGUUCCCGUCUUUAAGGCAAUUUCAAGCACAAGAUUCCUUUUUUUGAGGUAAGGGAGUUAAAGGGUAUUUUUGUUUUUGUUUUUUAGAUGGAUUUUGGUUGUUAAGGUGUUUAAUUUCGCUCAAAGUUCCCAUCUUUAAGGACAAGCCAAAAAGAAUUCCUUUCUUGAAGUAAGGGUAUUUCUUCUAAUUGGCACUUAAUCUUCUGAAAAUGAGAAGUUCUUGUGUUUUUGAUGGAUAUUUGUUGUUUAGGGGUUUGAUUAAGUUUCCAGCUUUAAGGCUAUUCAAGCACAAAUUUCCCCUUUUAUAAGGUAAGGGAUUAUAGGGUUUUUGUAUCAAUUGGAUUGAAUCCGUUGAAAACGAAUAAUUCUUGUAUGGAUUUUGGGUUGUUGUAGGCAUAUUUUCUUGAUUUUGAUUAAUGAAUUUUGCUUGUAUGUUGGAGAAACUUAUUCAUCUAGUUGCUAGGAAUAAAAUGUUAAUUUGGGGUUAACAAUGGGUCAAAUUUGAUCAAGAAAACAUUGUGCUUAGAAUUUGGAAUUUUACGUUAGGUUCUCUAAUAAGAGGGUAGAUAUUAGUGUGGUAUAGUAGUAGUCUCUUGGUUUCUUGUGCUUCAAUGGAUGACAUUGAGGAUAAUGGGAGAUAUCCUCCCAACCCUUAUGGAAUGAAUCAGGGUUAUGAGACAUCCAACCGCCACAAGCUUCCUGUUCGCGACACUUCUUAUUCAAGGCAUGUGAACAAUCAGUAUGUUGAGGAGGCCGAUGAUGAUGACGAUGUUGAUAACGAAGCAGAAGCAGAAGCAGAAGCAGAAGCAGAAGCAGAAGCAGAAGCAGAAGCAGAGGCAGAAGAAGAAGAAGAAGAAGAAGAAGAAGAAGAAGAAGAAGAGGAAGAAGAAGGAGGAGAAGAAGAAGAUGAUGAUGAUGAUGGCGAUGAAAAUGGUGUUCAGCGGAUAGGGAAAGAUGUGUUUGAGGAUGACGAUGAUGAUGAUUAUGGUGAUUCGCAGAGGCAUCAAAAGAAGAGGAAGUUAAAGAGCUUGUUAUCAAGUUACGAAUUUGCACCUCGAGUACCACCACCUCCAUCAUCUACUACAGCUGCAACCGUUCCAAAGCCUUCGUUUGGCGGGAGGAAUCCACUUUCUGAUUGGACUGAACACGAGACGUUUAUUUUGCUUGAUGCAUGGGGUACUAGGUUUGUUCGACAUGGGAGGAAGAGUCUUCGAUUAGAGGAAUGGCAAGAAGUUGCAGAGAGAGUAUCGCAAGGGUCCAGAAUUGAGAGAACGGAUACUCAAUGUCGUAACCGUUUGGAUACUCUGAAAAAGAAAUACAAAAAGGAGAAGAUGAAGUUUGCGGCGGAGACAGGGAGUAGUACCACUAGUAGUAAAUGGGUGUACUUCAAAAAGAUGGACAUGUUACUAUCAUCAACUCCUCAGCAAGCGGGUGUUUCAUGUGGAAUGGACUCUGGAGAGUAUGUUUUCGGGAGCCCUAAAGUUUAUCUGAAUCGUGCUAAUGGUUUGGAUGAGAUGAGGGACAGUCCUGCUAACUCAGGAUCUGCUGAUUCUGAGGAUCUUCCACCAAAAAGAUCAAGAAAUGUACAAUCAGGAGGGAAUGGAAAUGGAAGUUCUUUCAAACUAAUAGCAGAUUCUAUCCACAAAUUUAGUGAGAUAUAUGUGAAGAUUGAGAAUAGCAAGAGACAGCAAAUGCUGGAACUGGAGAAAAUGAGGAUGGAUUUCCACAGAGAAUUGGAACUGCAAAAGAGGCAGAUUGUGGAGAGAGCUCAUGCGGAAAUUGCAAGAAUUCGUCAAGGAAGCGAUGAAGAGAAUGACAUGUCUGCUGAAAAUGUUAGUGGAUGAUUUAGCCGGACUAUCUCUCGACUCGUUGUAUGUUGGCUAUUUUCCAUUGUUGUAUUAUAUCUUGCAUGUCAUUCUCUCGCAGGUAGGGAUGGCAAUAUGUAAGACAACUUAAUGUGGUGUAAGAAUGUAUUUGACUGUAGUUUCAGCAGCAAUAAUAACAUAAUAGAGAUCACAAAUUCUUCUUUCA